CGUUCCCCACACGCCCCAUUGAUCAUCCUCUACGGUCCCCUGUCUUCUCGGCAACUUCCACACUCGCAUCCACGCCCCUAACCACCCUUACUUUCUGGCUCCCUGACCAGUCUGCUUGCGGCUUAACGCGCGUGUUCGUUUCCAGAAUAACUGCCCAGCAACUAGAAAGGCUGCGUUUUCAAAGUUUGGUCAGGAUGACCACACCCAAAUUAUCGCACCCGACCGACUUCCAAAGUCAAUCAUCACCAUGCCACUUGAAGGAAGAACCAGCUUUUUCAAGUCGACUACUAACCUCCAGCCAUGACAUAUCCUCGUCGUCUGAUCCGGCAUCUGAGUCUCUGGAUCCCUCAACUCCAUCAUAAACAGGGAUACUUGACCUGAAGUUACAUUGUUCUAAGCCUAUUGCCGACAUGAAACCUCCAAAGAAAGCGCCGGCUAAGGUCGCACCGCCAGUAUUAACUGGCCCAGCGAAACUGGCCGAGGUGGCGCGCGUCAUAUACGAGCUGAAUCGGGAUCUUGGGAAGAUCUGCAUGUUACCGCACCAGCGGGAUGCAGCUCUCGAACAGUUGAAGGUAUACGGACGAGACUCCAAGGAUGCGGAUCCCAUGUUCACAAACGAGGGAAUCGAAACCAACACUCGUCAUGCCUUCAACAGCCCUUCCUUCACAACUUCUCGAUGUGCGCUGCGCUGCCUAGCGAAUGCAAUGCUGCUCAACCCUUCCGCCAGAGCUCGGUUUGUUGAAUUGCAUUACGAAAAAAAGCUAUGCCAGCGCCUCAAGAAUGGGAACCAGGAGGACGAGCUCCUGGUAUCGAGGAUCAUAUUCCUCACAACGUACGGUGGGAAUAUAGACAUCGAGAACCUGAUCGACCACCACCACCUAGCCGACAAUAUUAAUCACAACAUCGCCCGCCACGCGAAACAAUACGAUGAAGCACACAAAAUCGAGGAAAUCCAAAGUGAUCGGCCCUCCUAUUCGUUCAUGAAAGAUGAUACAGAUCCAUCAGUUGUGUCACUCAUCCACUACGACGCCGUAAAUUUAAGUCUAGAGCUUGAAUACAUCGGACCAAAUCUAGCUACAUUUUCUGAUAGAGAUCGCAUGUCGCUAUUGCCAGAAACUUCACAGAAUCGAAUAUGGAGGGAUAUCACCAGUGGUAUCGAAUAUAUGCAUGCCCAAAAUGUCACCCAUCUCGAUAUCAAGCCCCAGAAUAUUCUGCUUCAAGAAGGUGGUCGAGCUGUGCUCUGCGAUUUUGACAUUUCUGUGAGAGGAGCUAAGCCAGUACCUUGUAAUGCCGGAACUCCCUGGUACGUUCCCCCAGAACACAUAUUCGACGGCCGACGCGGACGAGAAGGUGACGUCUGGCCCUUCGGCGGCACCAUGUUGUUUGUUACUCUUCAUAAGGAGGCCCACGGAAAGAUGUUGAAUUGGCUUCGCGAAGUUCGACGAGCUGCAGAUGCUGCCCCAAAGAAUCUUUCACUAGUCCGGUCUAUGCUUGAGCCGAAUCCCAGGAAACGCAUCACAGCAGCACAAUUGACCAUUGAAUUGGCCGCACAGGUGUCGUGGAAGUCAAGCGGCAGUGAACUCGUAGCAAACCUUGCCCUACUCAACAUUUGA